AUGAAACAUAUGUUGGAAAACCUGAGAAAAAGACAACAACUUGGUACCAUAAGGGUUCCCUUAUCCUUAUGCUCUGCUAGAGUAGUCAUAGCUGAUUUCUCUCUGUGCAAAGCAAAAACAAGAAUGCAAUCUUUCCGAGAAAAAAUCAAAAAGCGUUCUUAUGAGAAAACUUUGGCUC